UUUGAAGAUAUGCCGGAAUAUUUGCAAGACAAUGAGUUUAUAAAGGGCUACUAUCGGGCUCCGGAUAUGCCGUUUAAGCAGACGCUCCGUUCGUUGUUCGACAUUCACAACGAAACGGGGAACGUUUGGACGCACUUGCUAGGCUUCCUUGUCUUCGCUGGACUUACUUUCUACCUUUGGUUAGCGGUCCAGGGCCGUCUACAUGGGAUGGCAGACCACCUGCACCACUUGCAAGGCCGUUUGCCGCAUCUGCCGGACCUGUCUGCCAAUCUUCACCAGCUGCAAGAGCGUCUUGUUCACAACGUGGAUUCACUGGUGCACGAAGUGCAGGAGGAAGUACAGAACGCCGCUCAGGCUCUUCACCAUCGCAUGCACAGCAUCAGCGACAACUUUCAUUACGCGACAGAGCGGCUUAAUUCGCUUAUCCAAGAGGCGGUGUCUGACGUGCUUAUGUGGCCGGUGCCGCGCUGGCCAGUCUACGUCUUCAUGGCAGGGGCUAUGACGUGCCUCCUCCUCUCGGCCGUCUGUCAUCUCUUUGGUUGCUGCUCCAAGCACCUGGCGCAGAUCAUCUGGCGCUUCGACUAUGCGGGCAUCGCUAUUCUCAUCGUGGCAUCUUUCUACCCACCCGUAUAUUACGGGUUCCUAUGCCAGCCGUACUGGCGGGUGUUCUACCUUAUCACCACAACUAUCAUGGGCGCCGGGGCAGUGGCGGUUUCCCUGCUGAACGUGUUCCAGAAAACGGAGUGGCGCGCUUUCCGUGCAUCCAUGUUUGCGGGCUUGGGGCUGUGGGGCAUCGUACCGCUCAUCCACGCCUGUGUGGUGCACUUGGACAUCCCCGCCGUGAGGGGCGCCACCGCAAUGGACGCACUCAUGGGGGCGCUAUACCUGCUGGGCGCCGUCAUCUAUGCUACCCGUGUGCCAGAGCGCUGGUUGCCUGGCCGCUUCGAUGUGUGGUUCCAUGGCCACCAGAUCUUCCACGUCCUCAUUGUGUUUGCCGCCCUAGCCCACUACCGCGCCGUCAUGCUGCUGCUUAACUGGCGUGACGCGAGCGGC